GCGUUCUGAUUCACGCAUCUCGUUAUUGAUCGUUACACGCUUUUAAAUAAUUAUUCAGACGUUCAAAAUCAUAUAAUUAAAAACACUCACUAGUCUAAAACUCUCCGACUCUCGUAAUGGCGGAGGAUUUGGAUGUCGAGGCAAUGCUGGAGGCGCCAUACAAAAAAGGGAUGGUACGUAACAUGUACCCUCGCGCUCGUAGGAUGUUCGGCAGCGAGUUCCUAGAAUGCACUUGAAAUACGAGGAGCAGGACUCCUCAUCCAAAGACAAAUCUUCCAAGGAGAAUGGGUCUAGCCGUAAAACAUCUGGAAAGAGUAAACAUCGUUCUCGUUCCCGUUCCCGAUCACGAGAUCGCAGAGAAAAAGAUCGUCGUGAUCGUGAUAGAGACAGAGACAGGGAUCGUGAUAGAGACAGAGAUCGUGAUCGUGAUCGUGAUCGCGAUCGUAGACGAAGAUCAAGAUCAAGAGAUCGAAGGGAUCGCGAUAGAGACAGAGAUAGUGACAGAGAUAGGGAUCGGCGUGACAGGGACCGAGAUCGAGAUAGAAGAAGGAAACGAUCACUUACACCGAUUACACUUCCUAGAGCAAGACCUCCAUUUGGAAAAGGUGUUAGCCCGCUUGGAAUUAGGAACGAUGAAUUAACACCAGAAGAACGGGACGCCCGAACAGUAUUUUGUAUGCAAUUAAGUCAACGUAUACGUGCGCGGGAUUUAGAAGAAUUUUUCUCCAGUGUUGGCAAAGUUCAAGAUGUUCGGCUUAUCACGUGCAACAAAACUAGAAGAUUUAAGGGAAUAGCUUAUGUCGAAUUUAAGGAUCCUGAAAGCGUUACUUUGGCUCUUGGGCUAUCGGGUCAAAAGCUUCUUGGUGUCCCUAUAGUGGUACAGCACACUCAAGCCGAGAAAAAUCGUAUGGGCAAUUCUAUGCCGAAUCUUAUGCCAAAAGGUCAGACGGGACCUAUGAGACUUUACGUUGGAUCUCUUCAUUUUAACAUUACCGAAGAUAUGCUUCGUGGCAUCUUCGAACCUUUUGGUAAAAUUGACAAUAUUCAAUUGAUUAUGGAUCCAGAAACUGGCCGGAGCAAAGGUUAUGGAUUCUUAACUUUUAGAAAUGCUGAUGACGCAAAAAAAGCUUUAGAACAAUUGAAUGGCUUUGAACUUGCUGGAAGACCUAUGAAAGUUGGUAAUGUCACAGAACGUACCGAUUUGAUACAAGGACCCUCGUUACUCGAUACCGACGAACUAGACAGAAGUGGUAUUGAUUUAGGUGCUACUGGAAGGUUGCAAUUAAUGUUCAAGUUAGCAGAAGGAACUGGACUUGAAAUUCCUCCUGCAGCUGCGAACGCUUUAAACAUGGCACCUGUUAUGUCUACGCCGCAGCCACCACCACAAGCUGCUCCUCCUAUUGCAACGCAAUGCUUCAUGUUGUCGAAUAUGUUUGACCCACAAAACGAGACAAAUCCAAACUGGGCUAAAGAAAUUCGCGAUGACGUGAUCGAAGAAUGCAACAAACAUGGUGGCGUAUUACACGUCUACGUAGACCAAGCUUCUCCUCAAGGUAACGUGUACGUAAAAUGUCCAUCAAUUGCGACGGCGGUAGCAGCCGUUAACUCGUUACACGGUCGAUGGUUUGCUGGUCGUGUAAUCACUGCCGCGUAUGUACCAGUUGUAAAUUAUCAUUCACUAUUUCCGGAUGCGAUGACCGCCUUACAAUUGUUGGUUCCAAGCGCGCCACGAAGAGGAAUGUGAUCGUAAAUACCGAAGAGCACUGUACGAACUUGUAAAUUCUUAUAGUAUUACAUCUUUUCUUGUCGAUAUAUUAACAUAGAAAGAGGAAAAUUUUGUUACUGUAAUAAUAUCGAUUGAUUUACACGUCAGUGUAACAGAACAUGGGAAAAUAGUAUCGUGAUACGUGUUGUCACUCACGUGUUCAGAACUGGAAAUGGUUUUUCUUCUGUUUCAAUUUAAACGCGAUAAAUAUCUUACAAUAUGUCAAUCAACGAGUAUUCAAUGCAAAUUUUCAAUUUGCACAUGUUUUUCUAUUUAUACAUCUAUAAUUUUGACUAACUGACACACAAUACAAAAGAAUGAUCUUCAUUACAUCUUUUACGUGUUACACAUUUAGUAUAUAAACAAAAAAGUUGACCCUUAAAAAUAGUUAUUUAUUAAUGCAAUGCAUACAAUGAUUUGUGAAUAUAAUGCAUACGUAUCCACGUGUCAUUGUACUUUUAAACAAGUUUAUUGUUAUUUGUACAACGCAACGAUGAAAAACUGGCUACUUAAUAUUGUCCAUUAAGAUUUGUGACCUCACGUAAACGAACCAAUUUUGGCGUUUAAUCUGUUUUAAUAAAAAUAAACAAAAUGGUAAAUGUCGUGGUAUAUACGAAGCGUAUAAUAUAGAAUAUUCUCUGAAAUUCUAUUAUCCGACUUAAAAAAUUUGCUGAGACUACUUGUUUAGGAAAUAUAUAGAUUAUUACAUUGCCAAGAAAAUUCGUAUAAUAGUCCAGAAAACAAGGGGUCUGCAGGCACUAAAUGUCGUCGUUAAUAUAUAUACAUAUAUACACAACACAUACGCCUUUUUUGUAUGAUUAAGAACAAUAGUGAUAAUAGCGACGAACAUUUUUAAUAAUGUUGAUACUGUUGAAACAAUAUUAAUCGGUGGGAAGCUAAUACUUCAGGCUCUAAUUAUCUCUUGUUCUAUUGUUAUAUAUUCUUUUAUAUAAUAUAUGUAAUGGCCUUGUAAUCACAGUGUUCGUGAGUUCAUCAUUUUGUGGAACUUACCGUCAGAGAAACAAAUCGUCUUCAACAUUCUCAAUUACACAGAAGAAAUACGAAUUUUGACCCCACAGUAUUUGUUUAAGAAAAAAUUCUAUUUAAGUACAGAUUUCUAAACAAUUCAUGAGUCACGCAGGAAGCUUGGUCCACGGUCAGUUAAAAUUGUUGUUAUGUAGCUAUACAAUGUGUCAAAAGAAGGGACAAUGAUUUAGAUGAUAGUAGUAUAUUUAACAUUUUGUCGUUAAUCCUGCAGGCCUCUAUUAAUGGAGAAUCAAUUGUCUUAAAUUGUACAAAAUAUUUUGUAAAGUAAUACCAGUCGUUCAUAAAUACAAAUAUUAAAUUAACUUCGUAUCACUGAAGUGUGGAUGUAGACUUUGAUAAAUUAUACUGUAAAAUUAAUGUGAUACAUAACGUGGAUCCUUUUCUAGUAUACAAAUGUAAAUGCGCAAUCUCCGAUAUUUGUUCGUUUGUAUACGUGAUAAUUUGGGUGAUUGUAAUGUGUGUAAGAUUUUCAUUUCUUACUGUAGAAUAGAAUACAAAGAUUAUUUUUUAAUCACUCGCUGUAUGUAUCUGACUUAGACUACAAAUGCUAUCUUAAAGACACUGAGGUAAAACUACUAUGUACGUUUUAUAAAAAUUCUACAAAGCUGUAAUUAUUGUUUUACUUUUCGAGGUUCAAGAUUCAUCACGAAAAUGCUGUACGUGCUUGUACUUCUGAUACCACGCGAAUCCACCAACGCAAGCGUGUUUUUCUUGUCUCAUUGUUUCGUAUCAUAUUUUCAUAAUCCAGUAUUAUAUUCUUUCUUUUCCAAUAUAAAUACAAGACUUAUCUGGCUCUGUAUCUCUUAUUUAGUCAUUCAUCUUGUAAAGCAUAGAUUUAUUUUGUACAACAAGGAACAACGUCCACUGGUACCAUUCCUAGUACCAUACCAGACAAGAAAAACGCGUGUGCGUUGUAUAUCGAUUAAACGGUUACGAGUCACAAUGUACAAUUUAGUAAUAAAUUAGAAGUUACAUUAUUGCUUUAUAGAUAUUAGCAGUAGAUUUUUUUCACAUACCUGUAAAACAUCCUUAAAUGUAUAUUAUAUUGAGAAUUCACUAAAACUUCCAAAACCUUGAAAAAUCAUCGAAUUUCAAUUGUCGAAUCUAAAAAUCAUAGCUUCCUUAAAUUAAAAAGUAAUAAAUAAAUAAUUCCAUCGUUAUUAACUAUACAAAAGUGGGAAAAUGAAAAAAUACGUUCACUCGAUAUAGAAACAAUGUCAUUUUUAAGACAUGUUAAUGUUUACUUUAACCAUUUUAAAUCUACACAUAAGGAAAUAUGAUCACUUGGAGAUACUACAGAUGGAAGAGCAGUAUACAAACUAAGCUCUUCUGCGCUUGGCAUUGGGAUCACCUGUUCUACUCCUAAAUAAUCAGUUUGGUAAAAUAUAUAGUCCAAGCAUCCAGAAUAGGCUGCUGUAUAAUUUGUGUAUUCUGGAAUUCCACAAGCACUGGAUAAAUUAAUAUCGUGCUUCAAAGUUACAUUUUCUACGUUCUCGUUGGAAGCUGUAACAUAAUAAUGAAGAGAACCUUGAAACAAAUCCAAAACGUUCUAUAGAAAUUAAUGUACUCUUAUAAUAUUAACUUACUCGAUUUCCAAUCAGCAUAGUCUUCUGGAAUAUAUUUCUGAGUCAUCAAUUGAUAAAUACCAUUGUUUGGUUCACUAUUAAAGUCCCCACAGUAAAUGAUACUAACAUUAUAUUCUGGAUUCUAAAAAUGUGUACAAUUCUUUAAAGUAAAUUAUAUUCAUAUAAAUUUUUGUUUGAAUACUUUUGCAAUGUACCUACCUCUUGCUUUGUUUUUUGAGCAAGUGAUUGUAGAUAUACCAGGCAAUAAUAUGCUUGUAAUAAACGUAUGUGAUCUGCAUCUGGUCGGAAAUAUAAAUGUGUAUUGCCAACAAUUAGAAUUUCCAAAUUUUCCUUAGAUCUUAGUGUCAAUGUCUACAAAGUAAUUCAUAAAUAUUUAAAUAACUAAGUAAAUAGGAAUUAUAACGCUUUUAAUAAUUAAAUAUAAAUUGUUGUAUAGUACCUGUACAAUUGUAUUUCUAUUUAAAAAUGUUUGUUUCACGUUUUCGUUUUGAAUCUGCAACCAUAUAGUAUUAAACCCAUUUAAAU